GAGGCAACGGCGCGAGGCGCGUUUUUGUCCAUCUCUAUUGAUGUUCCCGUACACGUGGAUCGAGGGCCGCUCGUGGGAGCCCAUCAGGGGGCUCCAGCUGCACGACCUGGGCCUCGACCAGGCCUUCCUCAACCUCUCCUCGCGGCUCAGCAAAAAUACGUGGGUCUACUUUCAGCAUCAACCAUGUUUCAAGUGCACCCAAUACUCGCUGCUUAGCGAAGUCGCAGCACACAACUCAUCAACCGUCAAAAUCAGCUCUGUGUACGACCUGGACAUGCUGGUGUUGAACGAAAACGCCGGCACCACCUUCGACCUCGUGGACUACCACGCAAAAGUGCUCGAGUGCUCUCACCAAACGAGCUUUGGCGAGUUCGGCAUUUACGACCUUAUCAUAUCUGCGAAUGGAAAUGAAACCGAGUGCCGAAUUGAGACCGUCCAGCCUCCCGUCGACAUCGUCUUGCCUGUGUUCGCGGUAGCGAUGAUGUCCAUCAUUUUUCUCACCCUUACUUCCGGCUGCUAUUACCUGUGGAAGCACUGGAAUCGUUGGCACAAGGCUGAUGAGCGGAAUUCGGACACUGAGAGCAACAGCGAAUAUACUAUAAACAAGGGUGGCAGCAAGGUCAAAAAGCUCACGAACAGACUGAAAUCACUCGAUGCCUUCAGAGGUUUUUGCGUUGUGCCUCUGCUGUUCUACAAUGGCUACAUGGGUGGCUACCAAAAAUUGGAGCAUGCUGUCUGGGAAGGAAUGCCAAUCGCCGAGUUGCCUUUCCCCUGGUUCCUUUGGAUUACUGCAGUCUGUAUUCCUCUCAAAUUUAAAAACGUAAUGGAGAACGGGGAGCCGAGAGGAAAAAUAUUGUUAGAAAUCUUCAAACGCUUCGUCUUUCUGUUUGUGCUCGGCUUGAUGGUAAACAGCGUGAUUCAAGGAGUGCAACUAGAGACGAUACGUUACUAUGGCGUUUUGCAAAGGAUUGCCUUCAUGUGCCUCUUUGCUGGCGGCAUUUUCGUUUUGUCCUGGCCUAAAAACUACCAGGAAUAUUCUGGAAGCCACAGUGACAUCCGAGUUUUGCUGCCUCAAUGGGUUAUUCACGGCGUGAUCCACUUGCUGUAUCUCUGCCUAGUUUUCUUCUUGCCCAUCCCUGGAUGUCCUACUGGCUACGUGGGGCCUGGCGGAAUAAGCGAGGGGGGCAAGUAUUUCAACUGCACCGGUGGAACAUUUGGCUAUGUGGACAAACUGCUGCACGACGAGCGUCAUUUGUUCGACGCCCCGACCACCAAGGACGUUUACAAGGUCAAGGUUUUCGACCCUGAAGGACCUUUUAGCAACCUCCCGUCUCUGCUGACGAUGAUCCUGGGCGUCCAGGCAGGAACUAUCCUGGUCAUGCACCACGGCUGGUCGGCGAGAAAGAACCGGCUGCUCUCUUGGGGCUUUAUCUGCAUUUUUCUCGGUUUGGUUCUGCACUUCAGUAAUGCCAUACCUAUCAACAAACAACUCUGGAACACUUCCUACUCUUUGGUGACUGCAGGCGGAGCAUUCAUUUGCUUCACUUUGUUCAUCUACCUAAUUGACAAGAUUCAACUGUGGAAUGGAUUCCCCCUAGUUUCUCUUGGAUUAAACUGUCUGGCUUUGUACAUUGGUAGCAAAGUUGCAUCAAAUAUUUUCCCGUGGCACUUCGCCUAUGGAAAAAUGGACACCCACUUUAUACGUCUCAUCGAUUCCUGCUGGAGCGUUUUUAUUUGGGCCUUGAUAGCGAUGUUUUUGCACAAAAAGAAAAUUAUUAUCUCUGUAUGAUUUCCACUAUAACAAAAAAUAUCAGUUGAAAUGAAAUUUGUUUUGUCCAUUUUUCUGCAUCAGUUGCGGUAAAAGAUCUUGAUGGUUAAGGAAGGACUCAAUAAUUUAAAAUAAAAUAAAACACUAAUUGCAUUAUUGAAUAUAUACGAUUUUU